ACUAGCUAGCAGAGGUUUGAGCAACUGCUGGAGUCGGUGGCUUGGAGUUCUGGAGCCCCGCGCGGAUUCCCCAAGACAGACUUUCUGAGCUGCAGGCACCAUGUCGGAGCCGUCCCGGGACGCCCAUCCGAUCCCCCGUGGCAGCAAGGCCUGCCGCCGCCUCUUCGGCCCAGUGGACAGUGAGCAGCUGAGCCGAGACUGCGAUGCAUUAAUGGCCAGCUGUGUCCAGGAGGCCUGCGAGCGAUGGAACUUCGACUUUGUCACUGAGACACCUCUGAAGGGCGACUUUGCCUGGGAGCGUGUGUGGGGCCUGGGUCUGCCCAAGCUCUACCUGAGCUCAGGGUCCCGGGGGUCCCGGGACGACCUGGGAGGAGGCAAGCGGCCCAGCAGCUCGCCUGCUCUGCUGCAGGGGACAGCUCAGGAGGACCACGUGGACCUGUCACUGUCAUGCGCCCUGGUACCUCGCUCCCCUGAACGGCCUGAGGAGUCUCCAGGUGGGCCUAGCACCUCUCAGGGCCGAAAACGGCGGCAGACCAGCAUGACAGAUUUCUAUCACUCCAAACGCCGGCUGGUCUUCUCCAAGAGGAGGCCCUAACCUGCUGCCCACUGGAAGCCCCACGCUGUUGGAAACAGCCCGUCCCUUCCGCCUGCUGCAGGCCCCUUCUCCGUCUUUUGCCUUAGUCCUUCAGUUUGUGUGUCUUAAUUAUUAUGUGUGUUUUAAUUUAAACUCCCCCUCAUGUACAUAACCUGCUUACCUCCAUCCCCUGGCAUUAGAAAUAUUUAAAGAAAACAGACAGCAAAAUGAUAGGCGUAUUAGACUGCCAGGUAUUUUUAUUCAAGCUAUUAUUUAAAAUCUCCUCAUCCUAUGCUCGCUGUCCCUCUCUCCCGGAGUUGAGGUGGGGCUGGCAAGACCCUCACCUGCUAGAUGGUGCUUUCUGGAGGGGCCUGGCUCCCUCUGUUCACUGUCUCAGAGACAGUAUGAAAUUCUGCCACUUUCCUACAUUCUCAGACCUUAAUUCCCUAUAAUUUGAGAAGUAAAGAAAUAGCACUUUGAAGGGGGCCCAACAGAGUGGGGAUUUCAUCCAAACUUUGGAGUCCCCUCGCCUCCUCUAAGGUUGGGCAGGGUGACCUUGAAGUAGGCACAGCCUGGAGCAGGGCUGGGGACUGGCACCUUCCUGGCCCUCGAUACUCCACUCUGCCCUGUGAAGGUAUGGGGAAGGUAGGGUCCCGUAGCAAAUCACCCAGCCUCCCCUCAUGCCCCUCUGCUGCCCACAGGGGAGCCAGCCAUAGUGUUUGGCCUCCACCCUGUUGGCGUCCCUGGGUUGUUUCUAGGAGCCUCAGUUGCCCCUCUUUCAUAGCUGGGCGCUCAAGUUCCCCUCUGGUCCUCCCCCCCCACCCCAUGUCCUUUCUCUGUAGUCCCUUCUCAGCCCUGAGUGGCAGCUCUGGGGUGCCCGUCCCCCCAACUCAGUGGACUGGAAGGGGAAGGGGCACACUAGAAGUAGGGUUCCCUAGUUCUACCUCAGGCAGCUUGAGCAGCGACCGCCCCCUCCUCUCAGCUCUCGGGGUAGGGGCCCUGAGUGGUCGGGCAGGCCUCCCUAAGUAGGGAUCUCUGCAUUAGGAGUGUGUGGGUAGGGGGGAAAUGGCUUUGUCUAGGAGGGAGAGUGUGACACCAGCCCCUGGAACUCAUCCAAGGACCUUCCCCAUCGACCCCACCCCUCCCCCAUUUCGUUGCACUUUGAAUAGCAGCUGAACAAGGAGUCAGGUGUUUUAAGAUGGCGGGAGUAGAGGCUGUGGACCAGGCACGCCAAUGGGCUCAUACAGGCCUGGGAGCUGUGAGUUGUCUUUACUGGCACUCAACACUGAGCCCCUAGUGGCACUGAAGCACUUAGUGGGUCUGACCCCAACCACCUGCCAGCUCUUGUAACAUCCUGGCUUGGGCUGUUUCCUCCUGGCUCCUCAUGUGUCCUGGUUCUCUUGUCUUCACUUAGACUGUACACCUCUCAAGGGCAGGGACCACGUCCUAUACUGCUCUGUGUCCUUACAGCCCCUCCCACAGUGCUGGGUAUACAGCAGGUGCUCAAUAAAUAUUUCUUGGUGACUUGUGA